AUGGAGCGUUACGAGUCUCUGGGUCUGGUCGGGGAGGGCAGUUAUGGCACCGUGCUGAAGUGUCGUCACAGAGAGUCCGGCCGCCUCGUCGCCAUCAAGAAGUUCAUGGACUCCGACGAUGACAAGACAGUGAAGAAGAUCGCUCUGAGGGAAAUCAAGCUGCUGAGGCAACUGCGUCACGACAACCUGGUGAACCUUCUAGAAGUGUGGAAGCGCCGCCGUCGCUGGUAUCUGGUGUUCGAAUUUGUUGAGCGAACGCUCCUGGAUGACUUGGAGAAAAACCCUAACGGACUCGACCUGAACACCAGCCGGCAGUACCUGUACCAGAUCCUGAGGGCUGUAGCUUUCUGUCAUCAACAAAAUAUUAUACACCGUGACAUCAAACCAGAGAACAUACUCAUCUCUCAGGGAGACCUGAUCAAGCUGUGUGACUUUGGCUUUGCCCGGACAAUGACUAUGCCCACUGACGGGGGCGUCUACACUGACUAUGUGGCCACCCGUUGGUACAGAGCCCCUGAAUUGCUGGUGGGAGACACCAAGUAUGGCAAACCAGUUGAUGUGUGGGCCGUUGGUUGUCUGCUUUUAGAGAUGUUAACAGGUCAGCCUCUGUUUCCCGGAGACUCUGACCUUGAUCAAAUAUUCCACAUCGUCAGGUGCUUCGGUAAUCUGACAGCUCAUCACCAGGAGUUGUUCUACAGGAAUCCCGUUUUUUCUGGAGUCCGACUGCCCCAAUGUUCUGGCAGAGUCCCACUGGAGCAGCGCUUCCCUUUAAUUGCAACCAAUGCCCUGGAUAUUGCACAGAAUUGUCUCCAGAUGGAUCCAGAAAGCAGGGCUCACUGUUCAGAACUUCUUGAUCACCCUCUGUUCACUCAAGACUCUUUCAACAUCAGGUUUUUGGAUGAGUUGAAUGCUAAAAUCCAAAAAGACCACAGAGAAAACUCUACACUUCCUAUAAUAGGAAAAACCCAAAGACGGGAAAAGGAUGAAAUACAUGGCAAGAACCAAAGACGCAAAGACAAAAAACAGUCUGAAGACUCAGAGGAGAAAUUCAACAUGGAAAAGGAGAAAAGAGACAAAGGGGACAGAGAUGACAAGUUACCCAAAACAAAAGCCAAGCAACCUUCAAAGCCGAAACACAUUCACAACACCUCAGAACCUUUGAUGUCCACCAAAACAUCAGGUGCCAAGACUUUUGAUAAUGCAGCUAAGAUCACCAAAGUCGACCAUGGCCAAACUGCCAUGAGAAGUAAACUUGGAAAGGCCAUUGGUGUAGAAUUUAGAAAGGAACCUGAGAUUUGUAAACCAACUAAAACCCGUACGUCUGAUUCAUUGGAGGCUUCAAAGACUGCAACAGAUCUGAAUAAGCAAGUAGAUACCAAACCUAAACAUGUGAAAGUUUCUUCUUUGGGGCCAAGAGACGGCCAUUUGAAACAAGUAGAAACCAAAACAACAAAUUCAACUAGCUUGCACUCCGGUUGCUCAGACAACAAUGUGUUAAGUUCAAGUCAAGACUUUCGGAAAAGCAAAAACAACUCAAACACAAGAGUACUCAAAUUGCCUAAAAGCUUAACUACUGAUCUUCCAACUAAGAGUUCUUCUCCAAAAUCUUCCUUGAAAGCAACCAUUUAUCGUACAGACACAGACUUAACCCAGAGAAAGGGUCCUGAAACAGCCACAACUUGUGAAAUGUCAAACAGUGGCCAAGUACAGACAAACUUCAGUAUGAAAGUAGUGGAGGUCACUACCCGAACUAUCCCUUCUGUCCCCAAGCCAUGCAAGACAACUACUUCUUCAAAUCAUCUGACGGAUUGUUCAAACAUGGACACAGAGCAACGACUGACCUCUAAAUGUCCAAAAGUCCUACCUUCAGCCACAAAGCCAUCUAAGACCUCUUCAAAGUCUGGUCCCAGAAUUGCAAAAGAAAACACAUCAUUGUCCAACAGUCCCUCAGAGAGUUUUACCUCAGAUCUUUCAGCACAGUCCUCCACAGUUUUCAUAGGAGGAAGUCUUCCUAAUGGUACCAUAUUACCCAAAGCAAACCUCCAAAUUGGCCCAUCCUUGGAUACUAAACCUUCAAAUGACACCCCAUGUCUACCCAACAAACCUUCCACUGAACUUCAAACAAACAAGGACCUUGGGGAAGUAUUGAUUGCAACCACAACUCAGCAGUACAGUUGUUACAUGUCAAAAGAGGACAUCGAGGAAAACAAUGGACGCUUUACAAGGAGCCCUGUGACCAAAACUGCUGAAAAACACAUUGAGACACUUGAUGUUUUAAGUGAGGAUUACCAGGAGAAUCCUGAAUAUGACGAGGCCCGUAGCAUCAACCAACAAGGCAGUUCUAAGUCAAAUAUCACCAAAGAAUCCAGAUCAUCCUUUUCCUUAAAUGAAAUACCAAAAACCAAAACACUGUUGGCUACAAUUGUUCCAAAAACAUUUAAAGUUUCAGAUAAAGAGAACAGUGAGGAAUUAGCACUCUCUGCAUCGAACAGCCCAUCGACCAAGUCUUUUAUAGACCAAAUCCCAAAGGUUGCUAGAAGCCCACAUUUUGAGCAGACAGAACCUAAUGUAAAGUCCUUGAGACCCCUCCACUCUGAAUCUUUGAUCGGGGGAUCAAAAUCAAAGAUUGGGUCUUUUAGCAACCCCACCAAGUCGCCCACAACAAUGGCCCCAAAGACUCAAAUAAAUAUGCCUCCAAGGAAUAAAAGAGGCAUCUCAGAAAGGAACGACCCAAUGAAUGCAUCCACAACCUCAGAAUCAACUUCACUCACCUCCACUGCAACUCCAGACCGAGAUGCUUCGACAAGGAUCUUCCACAACAUGUACACCAUAGAUGUUAACAAAUUCAAUUUUAAUGUUUCCCAUUCCUCUCCACCUCCUCCACCACCUCCUCCCUCCUCCACUCCUCAACUCCUCCCUCCAUCCUCCACACCCCUCAUUCCCUCCAUCUCCAUUGUCAGUGCCCCCAACACUGCCGCCAGCAAUCACUUUACCCUGGGGGCAGGUUUCCAUUCUGGGACCAACAACCUUAGGUGUACAGACAAACCAAGGCAUCAGAGUAGCAUUUACAGUCGACUGACCCAACAGUCUUUGUCCAGCCACAUCCCAGGAUCACUGACUUAUCAGAUCCCAGAGAAGGGUCAAAUCUACGAGCACAACUUCCUGUCCGACCAUUGUAACCCUGGUAACAGCGGUGGUGGUAAUACACUGACCAAAAAGAAGCCCGACAUCCAUUUCCCAGAUCUUAGAAGUUCAGUGCCGCCAGAGCACAAAGGAAGAGAGGGUAAACAACCAAACAAAGGCACUUCCAAAGAGCAAAGAAAAGACAAACAGCCCGUUCAGGCUAUUCCUCCAUCAGACCAACAAAAGCUUGUAAACAACGGUACAGAUACACACCCUAACAGAGACAAUGUGUAGACAUUAAAGGGAUAGUUCAGUAUUUUUGACAAGGGGUUGUAUGAGGCACUCUUCAACAGUGUGACUGGAAAACGUACUUUGUAGACUUUUUCAUUUUUAAGUCAGGGUGUAUUUGUUGUCUCUUUUCAAUCCCGCUGAUCAGGGCGAUCCAAACAAAGUGGCUUGCUUGCGGAAAAGUAAAGCGCUAUAUUUAUUUCAAUAUAGCGUACAUUUACCCAAACAUUGUUAUUAUGUGGCUAUACAUGUAGCCGUAUAACCUCGCUUCCGUGUCAGCACUGUCUCUCCUUAAAGGGGCCACACUGACCGCCAUCACCAGUGGCUAAUAUUCUUAGUAUCGACAAGUACCCCAUACAACCCAAAUUUAAAAUACCGCACUAUCCCUUUAAAUUCAUGAAGAUACAAAAGAUAAGACGUGCUCCACAAGGAUCGAAGGAUAUCUUCAGUCGUGAAUGGAAAGCAGCUUUGAUAUCAUACUGUUGUUAUUUAACUCUCCUGACUUUCUGUAACUGAUUUAUAUGAACUUGUAUUCUCACUUUAAAAAUGACUAAAACUAGACUCAAAUGUAAAUAAUAUACAUGUGGAAUGUAAUACUUGCGCUGCAUUCUCCUUCAUGUUCUUAUAUUUAGCUGAGGUACCAUCUUUGCACAAAAAGGAAUCAGCUUAAAGCACUUUUUUCAGUUAUUUGAACGGUUUUUGUAACAAUAUUAUACACUUUUCAAAGCAGCUCUGAGGUC